UCUGAAUUCUAAUAAAAUUACUUAAAAUCAAAUGGAUUUCAGUAAAAGAUCACGAAGUCAUAACAAGACUUCAAUGAACUUGAAUAUAGAAAUUGAAUUACUUAGAAGAUGAAAGAACCUUGAUAAAAGGAUCUUACAAAGCUUAGCUUAUUACACCCAUAUCAAGAAUACGUUUAAUGAUGAUCCUCUAGCUAUGAGAUUAAAAUAUCACUCUAAUUCCAACCAGAACAAGAAACUAUUGAAGGUUACUAAAGGAGUCAUAUCUGCAAGAAACAUUCUAUUUCAAGGUGACUGGGUAAAGCAGAGAAAAACCUGAUUGAAAAUGUUUAAAAUUUUAGAAAAUAGCCAUAAGAAAACUCUUACUUUGCUCCCUUUUACUUCAAAUCCUUCCUCAGCAAGACAUGUGAGCUAUAAGCUCUAUGAAAAACACAUAUUUUCUAUUUCUUCCUCUUUUCUAGAAGGAUUGCAUUUGAAAGGAUUCAGAAUUGGCAAAAGACAGUUCGAAUGCUUGAUUUAUCACUCAAGAAAUUUCAUCUGGCUUAAAUUAGCUUCAUGAAAAAUAGAUUCAAGAGAAUGUAUCUUUGUAAAUAAGUCUGAAUACAAACUGAAAAAGUUGUCAUUUGAAUGAUGUGGGCAUCCAACUUGAAGUAACUGGAUUGAAAACCCUCAAAGACUUGAUGACAUCUUGUUAGCUAUCUCCAAAUGCAGUCUCAAAGAUUCACUACAACAUCUUAAUAUUUCAUGGAAUUCUCGAGAGAAGGAGAAGCUAAAAAGAGGAUUAGAAGAUCUUGGCAUUACUGAUCUGAAGGUUUUUGGUCUCAAUUUCCUUGGAGGAAAAAGAUACUGCUUUAAUUUAAGUGCUUAAUA